GCAAAAUAUACAUGGUGUGCUACGUGAGUAGUUGUGUUAUGUCAUUUCGUUCCGAGCUAAUUCAUAUCUCAAUUAAAGCUUGAUCGUUCUGAAAUUUCAGUAUUAACAAGAAAUUGAUGCUUCAAUUCGCUUUGAGUUAGAACUCGCUUAACUUCUCUCUAGUUGAUAAUACUCAAAGAACAUUUUUCUAAGUGAAGUUGAAGUCCAUCUUAUGUGAACAGUAUUCAACAAAGUGGGGAUGAAAUUUUAAGAGAGACAUAAAUGAAAGUACUCUAGAGUGUUUCCAAACAGACAGUUAGUAGCAUAGUCGUUUAAACUGUUGUAACCAUGCGGUAUAUCAUUUUAGAUAUAUUGCUAGAUAUAUUACGAUUGAGAAAUUUAUGACAUGUGGGAACCAUCAUUACUAUUUUUUGGCAUAUGAUCAUGCCGUCAAGUUUCUGCAACGAUAAAAAUUCAUUAAGAAACAGGCACCACAGUCAUAGAGAACGUAAUGGUUUUUAAACUGUUGUUUCUUGUUGUGUCUUGGAUGAGAAUAACUCAAGUAGCCUAUAUAGUGUUAGUAUUUCUCACUCUUUGCUCACGUAGUAGCCGCAAAAUGUUAUUGUGGCAUAUUCAAAUUACUUCGUUAUCAAUAUCAUGGUCCCAGUGGGAAAAUUUAUGGAUUGUAGCAGGGCGAUAACGCGGGGUUAUGUCAUCCUAAAUGAAAUGAACAGUGAGACAUUCUGUCCAGUUCCUAAUCUCGAGCUCUCAGUAAACUUUAGUCUAGCACGUAGGUACAUUGUUGGCGGAGGGUAAGGAGUGUGUUUGUUUGGUAAUAGUAGCCCACUGAGCUGUCACGAGAAUCUCCAAGGGCAAAAGAGAGAAAAAUCAAAAAAAACGACAAUGUACUUACGUAAUUCACAACGAGAAACAGUCUGAAAAUUGAGACCAAAAAGUGCGUAAUCAAAAUCCCAAAUGUGUUAAUCACCUCUUCCCGAUGAGGAAACAAUAUCACAUUGUCUGCGUGCACCUGAGCUAAGUGGAGAUUAAACGUCGCAUGUGAAACUGGUGAGCGGUUUAUAUUAGAGGGGAUGGCUGCCGUAGAGUACACCUUAGUUUUAUUGUGAUCAAACCGAAUCUGAUUUCUGAAAUCAGAGUUUGACUUAAAGUAAAAUAUUGAAAAUUUCAAUUUGUAAGUACUCUUCCAGAACACCUUAAAUGAUAUCUUGUAAUCGCAAAUCACUAGUUAUCACCAGAACUGAUAGGAGUUAUGGGCAAUAAUCUUGGCUGUACGAAAGAUAACUUGCUGAAUGUUUGAAAAAGUAAAAGGAUUAGCUUUUCCAGCUUAAGUUUUCAAUGACAUGUUUUUAAAGGUGAUUACAUGCAAUCCUUUGAGGUCCGUUAACUUUGGUAAAUUUCAGAAGCGUUGAAUACCUGAUCUGACUGGUGACUUCAUCGGGAAGAACAUAGGCCUUUAACGAUAAGCUUCUUACGAUAGCUUUCGUGAAAGUCAGUGACUACCAGAUUAGUCUUUGACGAUGUCAUCUAAACCAAUUUGUGACCGUGUUAACACAUACGCCAAUAGGACUAUCGCUAUACCGGGGUACGAAGGAAUACCGCAUAAUUUACUAAUUAACGUUGUUGGUUGGUUGCUUUUAAUGUUUGGUUUUUCAUUGCUGAGGAAGCUUGCAUGGGAUUAUGGACGCAUGGCUAUGGUACAACCGAAGAAGAAUAGGUGGACCACCCUGUUUUACUCAGAAAUAAACCGACGUGUUAGUGAGACUGGUUCAGUUGAAAGUUUGGAACAAAAUUCAUCCGUGAAUGAUCCAGGUUAUUUCUCGUGGAUUAUCAGCUACUUCAAAUUAACGUCUGCAGAUAUGAAAUCUAAAGCAGGAAAUGAUGCUGUUCAAUAUCUAAGAUUCCAUACAUACUUGAUCAUUUAUACUGCAAUAACUACAGUUCUAUGCUUGGUUGUUAUUCUACCGGUCAAUAUACACGGUACACUGAAAUCUCCUGAUUUACAACAAUUUGGUGUAACAACAAUAUCAAAUAUACCGGGUAAUUCAUCCAGCCUAUGGGUGCACACAAUAUUUGCAAUUGGAUUUUUUCUUCUGGCAUUCUGCUUGAUGCAACAUUUCUCUAGACAAUUUCGCAGAGAAUCGAACAGAACUAUGAAUUUUUCAGAGAAAACAUUAAUGAUCUGGGGUAUAUCACGCGUAAACUGUUCUCGCGUACUCAUUCUUAGGCAUUUUUCGGAACUUUAUCCUGACUGUUCCAUUGAAGAUGUUCAAAUAUGUUAUGAUAUUCGAAAACUGAUAACACUUGAAAAUCAAAGGGAUAGUCUGAGAACUGCACUACAAUAUUCUAGAGAAUGUUAUGAACAAAGAGGUCGGCGUUUAAUCAUCAUUCCCCGCUGUUGUGGAUGGAUGGUUAAGAAAUGUUAUAAAAAUAAUUGUUGUCGACGUUGUUGUUGGCGUGGAAGUGCUGUUGAAACAAAUCCUCCGUUUGCAUAUUCAUCCACUGAUAGUCCCACCCCAUGGUCAGAGACAACAGACAGUGAGAUGGCUUCUGAAAGUUGUUGUCUUUGUUGUAAAUGCCCACCAGCAGUGGAUGCAAUCGAUUAUUAUACAAGUCGUAAAAAUCAUAUUCAACAAGAAAUAGAUAAACAGUAUGAAACUGCAGUGAAAACACCGAUUGGCAUUGCAUUUGUAACUUUUUCUACAAAAUAUGCCGCUGCACGUGUUUGCAAAGAUUAUCGUGACACAUGUAAACGUUUGAUGCAUCGUAUGAAAUCUAGUGUAAGCUCUGAGUUGAAAAGUCGUACAUGGUCUGUGGAUUUUGCGCCUACUCCCAGUAAUAUCAUUUGGGAGAACCUAUCUAUUACUCGAACUUUGUGGUGGUGUCGAGCUAUUAUUAUUAACUUAUGCGUUUUCUUCCUGGUGUUUUUUCUCACUACACCCACGUAUGUAUUGAAUUUGGUAAAUACUCUGCAUUUAACUGAACGUCUACAAAUUAAUAAUCCACUGUUAAAUCAGUUCAUACCGUCUAUUAUUCUCUGGUCAGUGUCAGCCUUACUACCAUAUAUUGUUUUCAAUUCUGAUCGUUUUGUUGGUCAUUGGACUAAAUCUGGUUUACAUUUAACCGUUAUGACGAAAACAUUUACAUUAUUAAUCUUAAUGAUUUUGAUCCUCCCAUCACUUGGCUUGACAUCAAUACCUGCUCUACUUCAGUGGCUUUUCCCAGAAAUGCGGAUCAUACCACUAGUACCAUCGAAUUCUAGUGGAACUUAUGAAGAUGCUGACAAUUUUAGUCUGUUGAAUACAACUCCUUCAGCAGAACCUGAAAAUGUGACCAGCCCGUUCAUCCCAAUAGGACCUCAAUCUUUUCAAUGGGAGUGUGUUUUCAUGCCAGAUAAUGGCGCCUUCUUUGUAAAUUAUGUGAUCACUGCGGCAUUUAUUGGUACAGCAUUAGAACUUGUUCGCUUUUCUGAAUUAGUUAAUUACUCCUGUCGUCUUAUGUGUAUAAAAUCACGUGCUGAAAAAGCUGGUGUUCGAAAAGCUAGUCAGUUUGAAUUUGCCUUUGGUCUCUUCUAUGCCUGGAGUCUGUGUGUAUUUGCCGUAAUAUGUGCUUACAGUAUUGUGUGUCCUCUGAUCACACCGUUCGGUUUGGUUUAUCUAAUAAUGAAAUAUUUCGUGGAACGGUAUAACUUGUACUAUGCCUAUCUACCUAGCCGUAUCGAUUCACAUAUCCAUUGGCUCGCAAUAAGUUGUAUGCUAGCCUCUGUUUUCUUAUUACAGUUGAAUAUAUUUAUGUUUAUUGUUUUACGUGCUAAUACUGUCAGUCAUGCUUUAGUUCUUUGUUCACUUUUGGGAUUAGUAUUCUCAGCACUAUUGAUGAUCUUUACAAUUGUCACCGGAUGGAUCCUAUCAGGCACUGGUUCAGCGCGUAAAUUUCUCUUACGACAUGCACAUCAUAUUUGCGCCAGUGAUGAUAUACUUUCAGAUCAACAUAGUCAAUAUACUCGUACGAGUAGUUUGCAUUCUCGGAGACCGCAGUCGAAUAGUUUGACAGAAAUAGUCGAUGAUCGAGACUCUGUUGUCGAUACUACCGUUAGAGAACACAGACCUAGCGAUGGGUCUGCUCAAUUCACACCACCUUUGAAUAAUGACUUACAGCUCACAAAUAUUGACGUAGCAAGUUCGCCUAGUACAACACAAAUAUUCAGUAGACAACAUAUAACAAGGCGUUCAUACUCUGAAAAGGCAUAUUUCAAAGUAGAUGAUACAGUGUCUCCAAAUGAGCAGUUUAUUGCACCGGUCUUGUUAACUUUACAACAAAGACCUAGUAUAACACGACCACCAAGUGGUGAUUCUAUGAUCAGCUUAGUACAUGAAAAUAGUCCAGAAAAUGAAACUAAGUCAAAAGAUCUUGUCCGUCAUCAAGAAUAAGGGAUGAUAACUACUAUUUCUACUACUACUACUAAUACCGCAUGAAGAUUUACCGGUUUCUUGUUCUUUCGCCUUUAUCUCCCUUUAUUCACCUGUCUUUGUAUUUGCAUAAUAUUAACUUUCCUAUUUUUAUGUCUCAUUUGCUGAAAUGCAUAUUACUGUAUACUGUAUCCAAUGCUUACCACUAGAAUCUGUUAUUACGUUUCUUUAUUGUACUAUCUGUCGGUUUGUAUCUGUCUUUUUCUGCCUUGCUUUUCAGAUUCGUUUUGCGUUCAACAUCACAAUAUUUUUUAUUUACUUGCAUUCUAUGAAUUAAUCUCUGAUUUGUGUUGUUGUUGUUUUGUUUGCGCUUAUCGUCAGCUGAAUGAACAUAGUGGUGAUUUUGUUUUUCAUAUGUCUAAACGGAAUUUCAAAUAAUACUUGAAAACACAAAUGAUUUGUGUCGCUUUUUUACUACUGUUGCUAUGUAUGGCACUAUUAUUAAUAAUAAUAAUAUUAUUCAAGUGUACACGAGUCUAGGUGUUGAUUACAAUAGGCAUUCGUAUACUUUUCCUUUUAAUGUGAGCAUUUGUUUUAAUUUCUGACAUUUAAUAUUUUCAAUUGAUGAUGAAGUUUUGACAGAUGGUCUAAUUCCUUUGUCAUGUGGUAUGCAUGUCGUUUACGUCACUUAUCUUUGCUAUUCUUUUAGUUGAACUUAAAGUUUGUGUAGUCAUCUUGACUAUCAUGGUUUCUUUUCAACCAGAGGUUUUUUGCUAUUUUAGAUAGUUUAUAAUAUUGUUAAAUAAAGGAAGAUUUUUAAUGUGAUGAACAUUUAGAACUGAAUAUCAUAUAGUGAAAGCUUUUGGUUUUUCGUUCUUGAUAUUUAUGCGUAAUUCACAACAAUUACUGGC